AUGUUGGAAGAAUCUUUGAGGAAUGACAAGGAGCCAGGAGAGAGAGAGUCAUCAAUAUCAAUAUCAGAAGAAUCUUUGAAGAAUAACAAAGGUUUAACAGAGUCAUCAAUAACAUCACCAUGGAAUGAUGAGAAUCAUAUUAGUAGGAAAGAAGAGCUGUUGACCAAUGAUGAUCAUUCACCAUCGUCGUCGUCAAUAAACCAGCGGUCUCAGAUAACGUAUAGUGGGACCAAUGUUCAUAGUGAUACUGGAACAGAUGAGGAGACUAAAGUCAAUGGUAUUUCCCAAACAGAUAAAGAGACCAAAGUCAAUGGUAUUUCCCAAAUAGAUGAGGAGACCAAAGUCAAUGGCAUUUCUCUAAAGUGGAAGAUGUUGCUCACCAUUGUGGUGGUGGUAGUAGGUGUAGGGGCUAUUAUGACUUACCUUCAUCAGAUGGAGAUUUAUGACAAUACCAUCCACCAGGUAUUGCAAGUUAGUAAUGUUGGAGAAGAACACCCUAAUAGAAUGACCAUUGCCACCCAUGAAAUUGAAGCAGCUACAAAUUAUAAUAUCAUUGAAUCGAUAAAGACUAGAUGGAGGCAAAUUCAAGCCAUUUCAAUGAAGUCAGCCAGACAAGUGAUGCGAGAUGCGUUUGAUCAACACCAAGAAGUCAUUUCCAAAAACCAUUAUGGGGAUUGGCGGAAUAAGUCUCAUCAUGAGAAAAACCAUCAUUCUUUAUCAUACGGUGAUGAACAUGAUAACGCUGAUAACACCACCCAAGUGUUUGCCCCCGUCUACGCAAUCUCCAUGUUGACCAGCCAUAUCAGUGACUUGACCAAUAUCACCAGCACCGGGGUGGCGAUGUUUGUUUCGUUUGUUCUUCUAUAUGUCUUGCCUUCCCACUUUUUCCUUCUUUUGAAUUUCCUUCUUUCCAUCAAGUCGCUUUUACAAGAUACCAACCAAGACAUAUUCUGGGCAUUAAUGAUAACUUUGCGGAACAAUUUGGUUUUCUACUGUGCUAGUUUAUUGGUGGCCACCGCUAUUAGCUGGUUGAUCAGCUGGAUGAGUAGCCAGCUUAAUUUCAUGAGUUACGCCAUAAAACACUACGUCAAUAAAAAAUUGGAGAGGUCAUUGAAAGCCAAAAAUCUUAGUCUACAAGUCGAUGGGAGGUUUGGGAUCUAUAACCAUUCGGAUUUGAGUUUCUCGUUAUUCCAUCUCAGUGGGGGUGAUCGUCAUAGGAUCGAAAUCGCGUCAUUAACCAUGAAAUCAUUGAAUAUUUCCUUGGUGAUAAAAAUCGUCCAAGUCAUAUUGUUACAGCAUUUACCCAAAUAUCUACUUUUAAAAAUCAUGAAAUUAGAACACUACCUAAUUUUGUUUGAAGGUGGACCCACCUCGGAUAAUAAGUUUGAUGUCCCAAAGAUUUUCUUUUGGAGAAUCUUGAGAGUGGCGGUUAAGGUCGUGUCAAGGGCGAUCAAAAUCACCAGGAAGUUGUAUUAUGGGUUUGUCAACCAUAUCUUGUGGCAAGUGGUUCCAAUCUUGUUUAUGAGUCUUGGAAUGAUGGGGUUUGGGUUCUUAGGGUUCGGGCCUGGGAUGUUGGGAGUGGAUAUUGGAGUACGCCAUCAUCGGGAAAGAAUCAUGAACCGUAAUAGAAAAACUAAUCCGUCUGGACAAUCUCAGUUUGGGGGUAAUCUCGACACCGAAAAAAUCACCAUUGAUGACGUUAAGGUUGUGAUCAAUGAUGCGUUUGUCGAUUACAUUAAAGAAGCAAGAAAAAAUAUCGACGAGAAAAUUCCCAGUACCACCACCACCAAAGCUUCGCCGAAACGUCGAUCUUUUCAAGCUUUUUUAAUUGAAAACAUCCACGCUGUCAAUAGUGGAAUCCUUGAAGUUAUGUCAAAUUCUCGAUGGUCAUGUUCGAGGUUUUCACUCGAGUUACCAACAACCUACUUUAUGUCGACCAACAGUGACCGCUUAUUAUCGAGAAAAUUAGCGGUGGAUCAGUUUUUCAAUGAUGAACAAUUCACGGCGGAUUUGAAUAAACUAUUCCACGGGGCGUUCUCUGGAACUGAGAAUUUGAUGCAGCUGUUUGAGAAUAACUUGGGCACCAAGACGUUCACCAGUGAAGCCGAGAAAUUGGAAUUCGAAACUACAAUGACCGAAUGGUUGAAAAACUUGAGCCAAGGCAACGAUCAUUGGAAAGAAUUGGUCGGGGUGUUGGAACAGUUUUGUGAUAAGUGUUGUACCGUACAAAAUGAAGCAAACAGUCCUGAAGUUGUCACGGAUCCCUUAUUAGAACCUAUGAACCAACCGUCAGAUGAAACGAUCUGUGAUAGAAAACAAGGUGGGUAUCCCAUCAACCAAAAAGUACCGGUGAAGAAUUCCCUCGAAUUCAUUGAUUUUUCGAUUUUUUUCUCCUCGUGCAUUCCUGGUAAAGUGCAUAGAGACCCGUUUGAAAAAAGCUGUCGAAUGAUAUUGGGUGAAUGUGUGUUGACCUCUGAAUUUUCUAGGGACGGUGGUGGUGAGGGAAUCUCGGGUGAAUAUAAUCGCCGAUCAAAAGUUGAUGGUAUCAAAGAGAAAUUGAUAGAGGAGCUUCUAAUUCAUGCCAAGUUCCACUACGAUCCUGCUGACAUUACUCACGGUUUCAUCAACAAUGUAAAGGUUAACUCAAGGGUCGGCAGCAUUUCCGUGCCAUUCCAUUUCUUGAAACAUUAUAAUGAGAUGCUACCCGCUUCUAAUGGGGAAACAACACGAAAUCUGCGACUCGAUCAACAGCCUUGCAGUGGCAAAGAAAUGAACGGAAUAUUGAAGUUUAAGGAAUACGUGGAUUUUUUCAGUUUAAUUGAUUUCAAAUUGACGAAUCUCAAAGUUUUCAGGAAAUUCUAUUUCCAUGACAAUUCCGGAAUGUUGGAAGUACUGAAAACCAAAGCCAUUGAGAUCAGUAUCAAUAACAUUAUUCUUUCUUUCAGGAAAGUCACCCAGUUGGAAUACGGGUCGUAUUUUGAGAUCAAGGAUCUCCCAAACAAUUUCCGGUCUCAUAAACCACAUGAUGCAAUCAGUGCCACCGAUUAUGCGGUAGAUCACGUAUCGCAUGAGAUUGUGACUUCCAUCACCGGUUUGAAAAUCAAGAUGGUGGACGAUGGCGGUACCAUUGAUGAUACAAUCGUGUAUAUCCCAUUGUUUUCCAAUAAUGUGAAGACCAAUAUUUUCAGAUUAAUUGGGUUGAUGAUCUCUGUUAGGCAUUUGCGGUUGGUCAAGGCGAUGUCGGAAGUUUUACGCAAAGGUAUGGAUAAACAUCGGAACGAGAAUUAUAUCUUUCAAAUGGACUUGUCUAUCAGUAAUCCGUCAUUCAAUUUCUAUCCAGAGAAUAUCUAUCCAUUGGUGCUUCUCCUUAGCCGGUAUUUAAGAAAAGAUACUCUUCUUGCCGAUGAUGAGGAAGAAGAAGAAAAAGAAGAAGAAGAAGAAGAAGAAGAAGAAUUGCCAAGAAAGAAUGAUUAUGAGGACGGUUGUGUCACCAAUAAUAAUAUUAAUAAUGAUAAAAAUUAUGAGGGCUCUCAUCGUCGUUCCAUCAUCAAGAAGAACUUGGAAUAUAUCAUGUACAUGUUCCCGCUUGUUAAUAUUAAACUUUUGGUGAGUGAUGUAUUUUUGAAGAUUUCCAAACUCCAGUUCCCGGUGAUAAACAACACCUGCGUGUCUCAUGAAACCGUGACGUUUGUCGCGGAAAUUCAGAAAGUUUUCUACGAACUGCAUUCGGUGAAACCUCGCAAUUUGGAUAGCCUAUUGGUGACGGUUAGUGAUACCGACUCAGACACCGCGGUGGAAGAUUCCCGAAGCUAUGAUACUCGGACCUCGGGGAAAUUGCAAAAUUAUUACCGGUCAGAAAAUACCGAUAUUGUGGCGGUGUCCGACAACACCAACUCUAUUGUUGGCGAUACAUCGUAUAUGGAUUCCACUUAUAUUUAUAACUCCAAAAGCAAACUCUUUAAAUCAUUGAAGAAUCUUUGUUUGGUGGACGUGGUGGUGUUAAAGAGUUAUCAUGUUUCUGACGCCGUGGAAGGGUCGGGGGGAAUAUUGAUCCCAUUCCCAGUGAUGCAUUUCAAGAAAUUCGAAUCUGAAUCGUCGAUCGAUGUCAAUUUCGAACACCAGGCCAGUGAAGCGUGUGAAAAGUUGGGAGAAUACGUGUUUGAACAUUUCAACAUCACUUGUGAUUCUACCUCGGCAUUAUCUAACGUGGUGAUUAAUUUGACAAAGAAACCAAUUAUUUUUGGAUUGUGCAAUUUGUCAAAGAUGUUCAAAAAAAUCAACCGGAAAAAGCGUGGGGAAAGCUCAAGGAAAAAAAACCAAGAAUCACAAAUUUAUCAACGAAUUUUAAAUGUGUUAAUCAACAGUCGUUCAAAUAUGGUCAUCGAUGGUAUUGUGAUUUCUAUCGCCUCCAGAGGAUUUUUACCUAGCGAAGUGGUGGAGGUGGCUGAUAAUGAUGGAAAACUCUGUUUUGAUUUAUCUGAUGGGCUGAGAGGUAUGCAACUAUGUUCUGGUCAGAUCAUACUCGAUAUCUCCAGAACCAAAUGCUAUAAGCCUCUGAAAGCCUCGAGUAAUCCAGAUAAUGAUUAUGACGAUGAUGAUGAUGAUGAUGGUGGUGGUGAUGAUGAUGCCAAUGUCACGAUAGAUGUGGAUUUCAGUGCUCAACAAUUCAAGAUCUUGACGAUUUAUGAAUCAAACGAUAUUACCAAGAUCAAUAACAAAUCCUCGUCCCAUGAGUUCAUCAGUAUUCCCACCGUAUCACUACGUUAUUCAGAUACGUUACUAAUCAUCUUGCCGAAAGUGGAGCUUCAUUUCGAUAUCACGAUUGUUUGGUUGAUCAUGGUGAUGAAACAUUUGACGAAUUUAAUUCAAAACCACAUAAAUUACAGUAUGGGGAAAAUUUUGGCUACCCAGACGACAAAAUCAAACAAUAAAAAGUUCGAUAAGCUCAUCAAUCUUGAUAUAAAUCACAUUGCUCUUGAUAUGGCACUUUCCAAUAAUGUGUUGUUAUUGAUUAGCGUGAAUAAGUUGUUGGCAUCAUUGAAUCCCGCCAAUAACGAACAUUCAUUGAGCGCCAUCAACAUGAAGGCGUACACUCCAUUGAAGAAUAAUGAACAUAAGGGUCCGCUAUUUUGUCUCCUUAAUAUCAACGAAUUUAACCAGAAAUUCAAAUUUGAUCCAACAAAGAAGAUGAAAGAUCAGGAUAUUAUCGUGGAUUUACAAGAGUUAAGGUUCUCUUUGCCAUUCAGGUUCCUUCUUUUCAAUAUCACCGAUGCCAUUGUUACUUUGGUGAAAUCGGUAAAGCAAUUGAAACACAAUUUUGCCGAUUUAAAAUUGGGUAAUCCAUUAUCACCAUUAGUGCCAUCGAAGGACGACGCGUUAAUUCUCCCAAAUAUCCAAAUCAGGACUAAUAAAUUGAGUCUUGAAAUCAAGGAUGACAAAUUAGAAGCAGAAUUGUCGUUAAUUUACAAAGCCGGGUUGGUCGAACAGAAAGAACGGUAUGAAAAAGAUCUUUUAUUUGAAGAAAAAGCUAGAGUGUUAAUUUCCGAAGUCAAGAGCGGUGUAUCGUCUCCUUUAGAGAACGGCGAUCUUUCCGACGAGGAUGAAGCGCAAAGUAUUAUUGAUCGAUAUGAUGAUAUGGUAAACAACUUGAUUGCCGGGACAAAACAAAAAAACCCAAACCUCCACAAAACACCUGCUGGUGGGAGUGGGAAGCAAAAGCAAACGAUGGACGAUCUUGUGAAUCUUUUGGCAGAACGGCAACUCAAAUUAUUUGAAAAUCAUUCUAAGUCAUGGAUCAGAAGAUUCCACAAAGCGAAACAAAACAGAGACCAGGCUAUUCAGAAUAAGAAUGGGGUAAUUUUGGGCGAAGAUAUCAUUGACCAAGAGAUUGAAGCGGCUUAUAAUAUCGAAGACAUUGUCCUGACCCCGUCGUUGUUAUCGCUUUUUUCCUCCAAUUUCUGUUUAAGUUUCAAUAAGUUCCAGUAUAAAUCGACGUUGGAAGAUUACUUGUACGACGUUGGUAAAGGGAUGCCCAAGGACACACAGUAUACUUUGCUCAUUCCGGUGUUUUUGAAUAUAACUUGUGAUGUCUUGACGGUGUUAUUGAGAGAUUUUUAUUUACCGAUUAUUCAUUUCCCAAGUAAUUCACAAUCAGAUGAACCGGCGUUAACUAUCAAAGGCAACAUGGUGUUUGCUGAAAAAUUGAACGUGAAGCCUACUUCGAGAAGAAAGAUUUACGUUCCAUUUGUUCCCAGUGUUGCUUCGAGCAUUGCGGAAACCAAAUUUGCUAAUCCUUUUUAUGGAGCCCACAUUUCCAGAUCUUUAGACCCUGUUAAGCUUUAUAGUGAUGUAAAGGUGAUUUCCAGAUCCCAACAAUCCACGAUAUUUUGCUGGGGUAAAUCUUUGCAACCGAUCAUUUCCACCGUUAUGCUUUGCUUCGAUUGUGCCAGUAAGCCACCGCUUGAUGCUUCACCGAAACUCGGGUGGUGGGAUAAGUUCAGGCUCAUUAUGCACGGGAGAUUUCAUUUUGAAUGGUCCAGUACCGUGAAUUUAUACAUCAAGGGGUCGUUGAACCCUUAUAAAUUGACGGAAGACGGGGCAGGGUUUGUGUUUAGCUGGAACAAGGACGUGGUAUUGUAUAUCAACCCAGAUGAUGACCCCGAAAGGUUUUUGGUCACCCAUUCCAAACAAUUCGUGUUUGGUAUUCCCCAAUUCUCAUCGAGUAUCACUGAUUAUUGGAAGUACUCUGCCAACGAUAACGAGUCUACUUGCUCGGCAAUUUAUUUGGAAGGCAAGAAUUACAAGAAGAUCGUUGCUAAUUUGGAAGGUGAUGUCGAAUGGAAAUUGGGAUUAUUGUUCGAGAAGGAAGAUAGCGAUAGCAAUUAUCAUUUCCCAGGCGAAACCCCAAGAACUAACAAAUUCAAGCCCCAUUACCUUGUGGAACGAACUAACCCUGCAUUGCUCAGUGAUCCUGAGCUGCAUGAUUCGUUCAAAGGGUUUAGGAGUGAAUACAUCCACUUGGCGAUUGGGUUCAGUAAUAAUAACGAAAAUCCUGAAUGCUCUCUAAAAGACACUUACAAUGCUUUCCAUUCAUCGCCUUACACCACGGCAUUUUUCAUCAAAUGGUGGGGUCUUUUCAAUAAUUCUCUUGGAUUACCAUUGAGACACGGGCCGUUGUUUAAAGUUGAAGGAUUGGAUAUGAAACCCGAGAAGAAAUUCGGUGCCGCGCUUUAUACCGCCAAGUAUCAGAUCGAAUUGCAACCGGUGUUCAUUGCUCAUAUGUACCGUCAUUCGAAUACCGAUCCGUCGACACAAAAGAAUCAAAUCGAAUAUACCGGGUUGAAAAUGAAGACCAACUCUUUCAAAUUGGACUUGCAUCAACGGAAGCAAAAAAUGCAUUACACUAAUGAUUAUUUGGGGAUUUCUAAGCCGGUGUGGCAUAUGAAGAUGAGCCAGGGGAAAAUUGACUGUGAUAGUUGUGAUGCCCGGUUGAUCAACACGAUUUUCAGCGAAACUUCCAUUGAAGACUUGUUAGCCAAAAGUUUGGGAAUGCAAGGUGAUGGAGCGUCAUCCAUUGGGUCGGAAGAGUCUGACUCUAGUUUUGUGAUUUUCCCUGACAUGACGAAGUUAAAUACUACAAAGUUUGGUGAUAAGCUGGAAUUGAAGGUCGAGAAUGCCGAGCUAAUUCGGUGGGUCGAUGAUCAUGAUUAUCUCGAACUAGAGUUUGAACCCCCAGUGUCGACUAAACCAAAAGUGGAGAUCAUUCCAUUGUUCAUGACCCCGAGAUUUUCGUAUUUAAGAGAAAAUGAUAAGAAUACCGUACAACAAGCGUAUCCAUUUGGCGAUGAGCCUUCUCACGACUGUUUGUACGAUACCAUCAAACCCCAAGAGGAAACGCUGUUGAAUAUUGUACAAAAAAGAUCGAGGGAAAUAGAAUCGAAGAUCAAGGUUUACAAAGCAAAAAUUGCCGCGAUGGAACAAAAACCUGCCCACAGCGAGAACGAUUUGAAUCAUUAUAAAAUCCAAUUGCAUUCCCUAAAACAUAAUUUGAAAACCAUUAAGACCGUCAUCAAUGAACUGAAGGAGUUUUUCACCUACGCGUCAGUCGAGGAACCUGAACGAAGACGGUCGAUUCCUGAUACUUUGCUCCAUCAAGCGGCGUUGACGAGAACGAGGACUGGAGUUUCGAGUCAUGUGUCAUUUUCCGAACUUAUGAAUACCAGCUUCGCCACUAGUAACCAUAGCAAAUUCAGCAAUCGGUUUAUUGCCAACAACUUGUUGAUGAAAUGGAAUAAUAAGUUGCGGGAUCAUUUGAUGCGGUAUUUCACGAAUAUUAGUAAUUUUAGAGCGUCGCGUUAUUUCAUGGGCCGGAAUAUCAUAAAAUAUUUGGAAGAAUUGGCCGGGAAGCAUGAGAAGAUGGAAGCCACCGAAGAAGACAAGAAGUGUUUUGCGGAUAGUGUGGAAGAGUUUUUGAAGUUCUGCAGCCAUGAUUAUUUGAGGAAUUUUGAUUAUGAGUUGGGCAAAGUGGACGAGUCAGUGGCAGAAGUCGAGUAUUCUUUAUUGUUCAAGCUUGUUUGUCCACAAAUUCAAAUGCAAUCUAAAGAAAAGAAGUCAUCGGUGCUACUUGUUUUGGCCCAGGACAUUGAGUUGAAGGUGCUUAAUAUUAACGCGAACUAUUUGGAUAGUAUUUCGGACGAUGACCAAAUCGCUAGGCUUAUAGAAACUAGAUAUGGGUUGUUCCUAAAAGAAAUGCAAACGUUUGUGGUGAAUUCCGACACCGUGGUGAGAGAUGAUGGAGUAUUGUUUUAUGGGAAAAGUUUUGGUAAUGAUGGGAUUAAUGAGAACUGGCCUCCAUGGAUCAAUUUCGAAGGGUUUUAUGAUUCUUCAUUGUUGAAGCAUUUAUUAUUGUCAGAAAAAUCAUCGGCAGUGUUGAGGUUCGAUAAGGUGAAUAAUCUUUUCUUCAAUGAUAAUGGGGGCAUGGCGAAUUUUAAUUGGAAAGACAAAAAUAUUCUUAGGGUUGACACCCCACAGUUCAUUAUCAACUGUGAUUCUUGCCAGUUUAACGUAAUUUAUACCAUCGUCACCGAUUUGAUUGUGUUCACCGAUUUCCAACACGAUAAGAAAUCGCAAAAGUUGAAACAAUUGGUGUUGGCGUCGGAUCUUGAAAAUGUUCAACGGGUCGACAAACUUGUGGAAAAUGUACAGCGCCAGCUUCGUGCGAUGAAGGAUACCAAGCAUAAAUUGGAAAUGAAGAAUAUGGUUAGUUGCAGUGAAGCGGAUUAUGAGAAUUUAAUUUUGGUCAACGUAUGGAUCUCGAAACUUACUUUGAAAUUGUUGUACCUUGUGCGGGCAAUCCAAGGAUCAAAUGAUAAAGCCAGCGCGUUUGUUAAUGAAUUGAUCUGGAGAAUUAAUUCCGAUAAGAUCAUUUGGCAUAUCCUCGAUGAUAAACGGAAACCUUUGAUUGAUUUAGAGUUGGGCCGCUCGAGUUUCAUCAGGCUCGAUCAUUUGGACGGCUCAUCUUCCAAUAACCUUAACGUUGGGGUGAUGAGAGGAGUGAACUUGAGUGAGAAAUCGGUAUACCCGGAACUCUUGAGUCCGUACGUUGAUAAUCAACAAUAUUUCCCGCCAAAUGAUGAGCAACGUGAUUUGAUGCUCCAAAUAAAGUGGAAGAUUCGUCAACCGGUUGGUGGUAUUCCUACCAUGGACAAUUUAUCGUUUGAUUGUAAACCACUAAAGAUCCAGAUCGACACUAUCACCGCCAGAACAUUAUUCGACUUUGUGUUUGGGGCAAGCAACAAUAAUAAUCACAAGCUGAGUGGUAAUAAACGGAAACAUCAUCAUCGUGUUGAACUGAGGAGCUCGGAAUUCUCAUCAUCGGAAUUGCGGUCCGUUGAAAGUUUUAUGCAUUCCAAGAGGAAGGAUUCUAAAAUCAUUGACGAUGAAUUGACAAACGAUGAGAUUGAUAAGACAACAACGGUUGUUAAGAAAGUAGAUCAAUACAGAGUGAUGACCGAAAGAUCUUCUACGUUUGUUCAUUUCAACAAGACAGAAAUUAAUAAGUUAGUGCUAUGUCUUAGUUAUCGAGGUAAAGGACGGACCAGUGUUGCCGAUGUCGAGCAAUUGUUGGUGAAAAUCCCUCCACUUACCUAUAUUAAUUAUAUAUGUUCUUUUAAAGAGUUAGCGCUUGCGAUAAAGAAAGAUUUAGUGAAGGUAUUGAUCCAUCAUACCGGUGACAUCAUUGGUAAUAAGUUCAAGCGUCAUUUUGGGACAGUUAAACGGAUUCAUUCCAACUCAUCACCACCAUCAUCAUCAUCAUCACCACCACCGAUCACGGUGAAUGAUAUAAGGAGGGUCUCUAUGGAAAUGCCACUGAUUGAAAGCCAUGAUUAUGGAGAUAUGAAUGGCAGUGAUGCAACGGGGAGAAACACUUCAAAAAAUAUUGAUAAUUCUGCUCCAAGGUAUUUGGAGGAUGAAUUGGAUGAUGAAUUGGAUGAUGAAUUGGAUGAUGAGAAAGUGAUUGAUGGAAAUGAAGAGCUGGUGAGUACGGUGAUAUCUGAGUUUGAGAAUAAUCCUGAUAUUAUCAGAUUCGAUGCGUCUACAAUUGGUAGAUCUGAAUGA